CACAGGAUUUUGGGACCUCCUCCUCCUUCUGUUUUUCGAUCAAACUUGAAUAUUCUUUUAGAAAAACUUUGACUUUGAUUUAACAUGAAGUGAAAUAAAGUCGAGAACAUGAGAUAGUGUUCACAGGCUUUUAACUGUAAAGAAAAGGCGGUUUGGGGACUCCUGCAGACUGUGUUUUUUUUCCAGCAUUUCUCUUUGUGGCAGAAACUGAUGAUUCUUCCUGCUCAUUGAGCAAUAUAAUUGCAGCUUCAGCUGACGGAUCUCCUGGGACCCUCCUCUCCUCAUCAUGUCCCGUGAUGCAGACCCUUACAUCUUCUCCAGUGACACCCUACCCAGCGACCUGCGCUUCCUCCCUCCUCUGGCCAAUGGGCUCCUGGGCUGGAGGGUGUACGACAACAUCAUGCACAUGGGUGGUGUGUAUAAUGGCGAGGCAGGACGUUGUCACCGAGCAGACGUCCCCUGCCCUCUGGCUGCUAAAAUUGAGUCAAAGGAUGCUGCUCAACAUGCCUACAGCUUGGACACACACACAGGCAUUUUUACACACACUCUGACCUCAGCCGCUGUAACUGCCACACAGACUUUGUAUUCCCAUCGCUACUACUCCAACCUGAUGGUGAUGGAGAUUUUGCUGGUGCGGCAGAUGACAGCAACAGAGCCAGUAACUGUAAACCUGGUCAGUGCAUUCACACCUGAGAGCAAAGACAUUGCUUUUGAGUCUGGUCCUGAUUACAGAGGAGGGAGGUACAUCAAAGGUCAGACAACCUCUGCUGAGUACCCUGGUGGAUUAUGUCCCACAGUACACAUUAUCUGGAUCCCCAUACCUGAGACUCUGACUCUGCCACCAGAACAGAGCCAGUCUCGCUGGGGCUUCAUCCUGAUUGCAGACAAUAGUUUUGACUCUGCAAAGGCCAAAUUUGAUGAGGCACUGAAUCUGAUGGCGACUGGCAACAUGCGCCUGUCUCACGAGAAGGCCUGGAAGGAGCUGUGGCUCCAGAGCAAGGUGGAGGUGACAGGGUCAGACAGCCUCUGCAGGGCUCUGAUUGGCUGCCUCUUCUACCUCCUCAGUGCCUUCCCCUCCAUACAUGACACAUCCAGCAGUUUUGGUGGAGUCAGUCCUGGUGGGCUGUCUAACGGUGGAGAUGGCCAGGACUACUGGGGCCAUGUUUUUUGGGACCAGGACAUAUGGAUGUAUCCUGGAAUAGCCCUUUUCUACCCCAAGUUAGCCCGGGCUGUGCUGGAGUACAGGGUGCGGACCAUAGAUGGUGCAAAAGACAAUGCCGAAAAGCAGGGAUACAAGGGAUUAAAGUUCCCAUGGGAAAGUGCUGUGUCAGGGAGGGAGGUGUGUCCAGAGGACAUUUAUGGAAAUCAGGAGAUUCACAUUAAUGGAGAUGUCACCCUGGCUUUUCAGCACUAUCUCUACCUCACUGAGGACCUGUCCAUGUUUAGAGAAGGACAUGGCAGCGACGUGAUAUAUGGCGUGGCAGAUUACUGGGUUUCUCGAGCAACAUGGAAACCUGAGGACCAGAAAUAUCACCUACUAGGUGUAAUGCCGCCUGAUGAGUAUUAUUACAACGUCGACAACUCUGUGUACACUAACACGGUGGCCAAAUUCAGUCUGCAGUUUGCUGGUGAGUUGGCCGAUCUCCUUCAACACACUGCACCAAAGGAAUGGAAAGAAGUGGCAGAACACAUCAAGAUACCAUUUGACCAAGAAUCUGAGUAUCACCCCGAGUUUGACGGCUAUAUUAAAGGUCAUCCAGUGAAGCAGGCAGACACAGUAAUGUUGGGCUACCCUCUUGGAUUGCAAAUGUCUAAACAAGUCAGAAGAAAUGAUCUUGAGGCGUACGAGCCAGUGACAGACCCUCAAGGACCGGCGAUGACAUGGGGUAUGUUUGCGAUAGGCUGGCUGGAGCUGGGGGAGGCAGAGAGAGCUCAACUCUUACUGAAGAAGUGCUUCAGCAACAUCCAGGGCCCAUUCCAGGUAUGGAGUGAAUCAUCUGAUGGCUCUGGUGCAGUCAACUUUCUCACUGGUAUGGGAGGAUUCUUGCAAGCUGUGCUGUUUGGUUACACUGGCUUCAGAGUUCAAAAAGGAUGCCUGGCCUUUUCUGCAAUUCUUCCCAAUGACAUUUCUGAGCUCUGCGUUCGUGGUGUCAACUACCUGGGCAGCCAGAUGGACUGGCUGUUGAGGAAGGAUGAAGUUUGUAUCAUACUGAGAGAACAGACGAGAAGUCACGGCAGUGCUAAACCCUACAACCUUCAGGUUGUGCUGACAGCAUCAGGGACUGAGAUCCCUCUCACACCAGGGCAGCCAGUGACUUUUAAACGGGAACCUGGGUGUGUUCGUAAACUGAAAUCUACAUCUUCCUGCUGGUCUUUGUGAUACAAGAGCCCCUGCCCUCCUCGACAUUCUCAUUUUGCAUUAUUAAAAAUGUACUGUGCAAGUUAUUUUACAUCUACAGAGCUUUUAUGUUGUAUCCCAGGCUUGCUUUCACUUGACUGACUGUGGACAAAACAUUUGAUGUUUAAUAAACAGCAUGAAUUCUAA